AUGGGCUAUGUAUUUCUAGUAACGUGGGUUACAGCUGUUGUUAUGGUAAUAGUACACGAUAAAGUGCCAGAUAUGAAGAAGUAUCCUCCAUUGCCAGAUCUCUUCCUUGAUAAUGUACCUCAUAUACCAUGGGCUUUUGAUAUGUGUGAGAUUACAGGAUCUCUAUUGAUGGCUAUUUGGUUGGUCGUGUUGUUCUUCCAUAAGCAUAGGUUUAUAAUUCUGCGUCGUUUCUUCGCGCUGGCCGGCACAGUGUUCCUGCUGCGUUGCUUCACUAUGCUAAUAACGUCGCUGUCGGUGCCGGGUUCGCAUCUGAAGUGCGAGCCCCGCUUCUACCCGCCGGCGGACGACCUAACGGUGUGGGGCCGGCGGCUCAGGCAGGCCUAUGACAUAUGGAGCGGCGCAGGAAUGUCCGUGCGCGGGGUGCGGACGUGUGGUGACUACAUGUUCUCCGGGCACACCGUCGCUUUGACGUUGCUGAAUUUCUUCAUCACCGAAUACACAUCACGCAGCCUGUACCUGCUGCACAUAUUGACGUGGGUGAUGAACAUGUUCGGCAUCUUCUUCAUUCUCGCGGCCCACGAGCACUACUCCAUAGACGUGUUCAUCGCGUUCUACAUAACUUCCAGGCUCUUCCUCUACUACCACACGCUGUCCAACAACCAGGCGCUCAUGCAAAAUGACUCGUCCAGAACCAGGAUAUGGUUCCCGUUGCUCUCGUUCUUCGAAUCCGAAGUGGACGGCAUCGUGCCGAACGAGUACGAGGGGCCCAUGACCAUUCUGAACAACCUUAAGCGGAACCUGGUGCAGCUGGUGUCCGACGUGAAGACCUCGUCCAUGGCCAAGGUCGCCGGCACCAAGCUGCAGGAGGGCGCCGCGAUGGGCGAGUACUCCGUGGUGAAACUGGUCGACGGCAUAAAGAGGAACCUCAGCCUCAUCGAGGAGUACAAGAACUCCCGCCAGCGCCUGGUGACGCUGGACAAGAACGUGCAGGCCUCCAUGCUCGAAGAGCUCCCGGACAACGAACUGCGUCAUAGGAACAUCCCCGGGCUGGCCGCCGAGGGGGUCCUGCCCGACUUCAGGGAACCCCCGUCGCCGGUCAAGAAGAGAAUA